UCCAAGGGGAUGUGCAACCACUUGAAACGCCGCAUCACGACGGGGAAGCGCGCUCUACCCAUCCCGUGGGCCCGAGCCAUGGCUGAAUGCUAAACAAUUUUCAAAGAACAUUUGAAAACACCAAAAAACUGAUUUUGUUUGUUUUUUUACAACGAUGCACUUAUAACGACUAUGACCGUCCGUGCACUUACGGCCGGUUGUCUUUCUACGGUGACAUCGAGAAAACACAACUUCCUCCAGACAGUUCUUCCCCCGGAAUAAGGCACCGCAUCCUCAGACAGGCCAUACCGGCCUGGCUAGCUUGUCUCCCGGCCAUGGCUCUGGUAACACUGCAGCGCUCCCCCACCCCAAGCGCUGCCUCCACGGCUAGCACAACGACCACGAAUGCAGGGGAGGAUUUUGGGAGUGACGAUGAACGCAGGCUUAAUCAGAGCCUGAGCGAGAGCUUCUUCAUGGUGAAGGGUGCGGCUCUCUUCCUGCAGCAGGGCAGCGGGCCCCAGGGACAGAGGGCACACCCCUAUCACAAGCACACAGGAGACUUACCUCAGCACCUGCAGGUGAUGAUAAACAUUCUUCGCUCGGAGGACCGAAUUAAACUGGCGGUGCGUCUGGAGAGCGCUUGGUCGGAGCGCGUGCGCUACAUGGUGGUGGUGUACACCGGGGGCCACCAGGACACUGAGGAGAACAUCCUGCUGGGGAUGGACUUCAUCAACAAGGACAGUAAAAGCUGCUCCAUCGGCAUGGUUCUUCCUCUGUGGAGCGACACCAAGAUCCACCUGGACGGAGACGGGGGUUUCAGCGUGAACACGGUCGGUCGGGCUCACGUCUUCAAGCCCGUGUCGGUGCAAGCCAUGUGGUCGGCCCUCCAGAUCCUGCACAAGGCGUGCGAGGUGUCCCGCAGGUACAACUACUUCCCCGGGGGCAUGGCGCUCACCUGGACGGGCUUCUACGAGAGCUGUGUGUCCUCGGAGCAGAGCUGCAUCAACGAGUGGAACGCCAUGAGAGACCUGGAGACGGCCAGGCCAGACUCACCCACCAUGUUCCUGGACAAGCCUUCAGAGAGAGAGCGGACAGAGUGCCUUAUCAAAGCCAAACUCAGAAGCAUCAUGAUGUGCCAAGACCUGGAGAACGUCACCUCCAAGGAGAUCCGUAGUGAGCUGGAACACCACAUGAGCUGCAACCUCAACGAGUACAAGGAGUUUAUCGACAACGAGAUGCUGCUGAUCCUGGGCCAGAUGGACAAGCCCACGCUCAUCUUCGACCACCUCUACCUGGGCUCAGAGUGGAACGCGUCCAACCUGGAGGAGCUACAGGAUACAGGGGUCGGCUACAUCCUCAACGUCACGCGGGAGAUCGACAACUUCUUCCCAGGAACCUUCUCCUACCACAACAUCCGCGUCUACGACGAGGAGGCUACCGACCUCCUGGCUCACUGGAACGAGACGUACAACUUCAUCGUCAAAGCCAAGAAGAGCCGCUCCAAGUGUCUGGUCCACUGCAAGAUGGGCGUUAGCCGCUCGGCGUCCACGGUGAUCGCCUACGCCAUGAAGGAGUACGGCUGGUCGCUGGAAAAGGCCUACAGCUUCGUCAAGCAGAAGAGGAGCAUCACACGGCCCAACGCCGGCUUCAUGAGGCAGCUGGCCGAGUACGAGGGCAUCCUGGACGCCAGUAAGCAGCGCCACAACAAGCUGUGGCGCCCGGACUGCGAUCUCACCGACAACCAGGCGGGGGCGCCCUGCUGCGAGGGGGGCGAGGAAGCGGGCCCCCCGACCCCCGAGCCAGGCAUGUCCCCCUGCUGUGUCGAGGCGCUGAGCGACAAGGCCUCGUCCCGCCUCUCACCCCCCCGCAGAGCGGUCAGCCUGGCUGUGGACCCCGCCUACAACAACUAUUACUUCCGCCGGCUGUCCGACUCCGCCCUGGACAGCGAGCCGUCUACGCCGGUGCGUGGGCCUCCUCUCCUGGACGUGGGCCGCGUCUUUAUCGAGAUCGAAGACGUGGAGAGGGACGCUCUUCUGGACGACGAGGCCUUCGAGGGGCGCGAGGGCCCGCCGCUGCCCCACUUCGGGGCCUCCGGGGAGGGCACGGCCGCCCAGACCUGCCCCCGGGGCACGGAGCCCCUGGAAGAACUCCGGCUGCGGCUUGAGUUCAGCACGGUGGAGGAGGAGGACGAGGAGGAGGUGCAGAAGGAGGAGGCAGAGAUGGAGGCUCUGAUGCAGCCUGGAGGAGGAGGAGGAGGAGGAGGAGGAGAGGGCGAUGGAGAGGGCGAUGGAGAGGAGGAGAUGGUUCAGGAUGUGGAGGAGGAGGGGGAUAAGGAGAGCAACGAGAUGGACAUGGCAACCCUCAAUCGCCUUGGCAACGAGAACUCCAACAACAACAACAACAGCCGCAUGCAUCCUCUCCUUAACUUCACUCCUGCCGCUGCUGUAAAACCUGCGCCUGCAGUCCAGCCCUCCGCCCUGUCCAGAGCCCACAGCAAGCCCAGGACCGCAGGGGUUCCCCUGGCCUCGGGGCCAGCCCCUCCUCCCUGCAGGGGGCCUGGCUCUCAUCCCUGUGUCUAUGUGGAGACGUUUAGUGCCAAGCUACCCUUCUCCCCCAACCCUCCUCCUACCCUCCCUCUCCCCUCCACCGCCCCUCCUACCCUCCCUCUCCCCUCCCCCUCCACCACCCCUCCUACCCUCCCUCUCCCCUCCACCGCCCCUCCUACCCUCCCUCUCCCCUCCCCAAACAACGUCUGCUGCUCUGUGCGAACCCCCUGGGCCCCCCUGUGUAACAAUGCCAACAGUGCUGCCCUGCUCUGUCAAGCCCCAGCAGACGUCCACAGGGACACCCCCCUCUCCCUGGAGGGCACAGAGCCCCUCCCCGUGCCUGAGUGCCAGAGGCUGGUCCUGGAGGAGGAGAGGCCAGCGCCUGCCUGCCUCCCGGCCCAGCAGACGACCCUGCUGGAGGGGCAGAGGUCCGGCUUGGUCCGGCGCACGGCCCAGAGACUGGAGAGGCUCUCCGGUUCGUCCCAGGACGGGCCGCAGCCUCUUGACCCCCACCCAGCCACCCGGAAGCCCCCCAGCGGAGGAGAGGGGGCUCUGGCAUCCUCCUCCUCGCCGAGAGACCCCCUCCCCGAGCCCCUCGCCUCCCCCGUGCGCCUGGACCCCCUGCUGGCCCCCUCUGGGGCACAGACCCCGGCCUCCUCCCCCCACGGCGCCGCCCUGACGCGCAGCUCCAGCAGCGAAAGCCUGCGCAGUGUGAGGGGCACGCCCGGUCUGGUGCGCCAGCGGGCGCAGGAAAUCGAGAUGCGCAUGCGGCUGGCAGGUCUCACCCUGCCCUCCCGCCUCAAGCGCUCCAACUCCCUGGCCAAGCUGGGUAGCCUCACCUUCUCCUCCGAAGACCUCUGCUCUAUCUGCUCCAUGGACGGAGGGGCGGCCCUGUUGAUGCUCUCGCUGUCCCCCGAACCAGAGGCCCCCAGCCCGGACUGGCCCAGCCCCCUCCAGGGGCCCCCUUCCGCCACCUCCGGCCCCCUGAGGAGCCCCCCCAGGAGCUGACAGAAAGGACGGAGGCCCACUCCUCCACCCAUCCCUCCAUCUUUCUCCCUGAGCUGGAGAGUGUCAGAUCACAGACAAGGAAGAGAGACCAUUUCACAAAACACGGAUGUAUAUAGAAAAGCGUGUUAGAAAGUUAGAGGGGAAAAUAUAUAUAUAUUAAUAUAAAUCCACGUUAUAUUUAAAAAAAUAUUCAAAUAUGUCCUGCUUGGAGAUAUAUUGGUGAACGGCUGUCAUUGCAUGGAGUUUGAUGAAUGUGUUCGCAAAGGUAAACCUCAAACUGAAGAUCUGAUCUCCAGUCAGUGGGAUAUCGACCCUGACCAAACCCCUUCCUGUACCUGCAUCAGUCCAGCUGUCCAGAGAUCAGCUUCUCUGCUUCCUCAUCAGAGUCUUCAUCACAUCACGACUUCCUGGAUCUUCAUAUGACUUGACGUGAUUGUUGUGUAACCAUUCUACCUCUGGGACAACACGACGAUCUUCAGCUGGACUGCUCAGUCAACUGACAACAGCUCUCGUCUCCUGUCGUUAAGCUGGCUGGACUAGAGCUGACCUUGUUUGUGCUGUUCCAGGUCUCAAGGGAGAGGAGAGGGCUGGAUUGACUGAAGCUCUUUACUUUGACCGCUUAUCGUUCCCCACUUGCCUGUGUCAUUCCCUUUAUUAAAUCUCAGACUUGUUCUUUGAACUGAGCUGCUGAAUCGAGUUUGGAGGUGAAGGGAGCGACUGUCUGCCUCUCUGAGGCUGUGGAGACGAUGUUCCUCUGAUCUCUGCUCCGAGGCUGCCCCCCCCCCCCCCCCCCCCAGAGAUGGGGGGGGGGGGUGCCUGUCCCACACCUCCACCCUCUCCUCCCCCCCCCCCCGGCUCUUCUGACGCUGCCUAUCCAGAGGCGUCCAUGCUUCUGCCAGUUCACCCCCUGCACCCCGCCUCCACGGAGUGAUAAACACUAAACGUUUAUUAUGCAACAUCUUCGCUAAUUUGCCAUUGAUUUGUCAUCCCUUUUUAUAGAGAAGUUUUUUUAUACGUUUUUUUUAUGUUUAGAGUUUCUGUGUACGUUUUGUUUUAUUGCAUGAGGGUGAUUAAAUGGUAACUGUGAACUAUUUAUGAGAGAAACUUCAAACACAUGAAUAGGUUCAUAUUGCACAUUAAUUUCUUCCAUACAUAUGUGAGCACAUGAAGUUUGUACUGUAUGUAAAUAUGUAUGUAUAUUUGAAGAUGCUACUUCUGUUGAUCACUGUGUGUGUGUGUGUGUGUGUGUGUGUGUGUGUGUGUGUGUGUGUGUGUGUGUGUGUGCAGUCUGACAGCACAGACUCAGUUCUUCUGAGAACACACUCACGGUCUCUACAAACGACACCCUACCGAUUUUAAUCACUUAUAUUGUGAGUGUUUGUACUGUGUGUGUAUGUAUGCUACUGUACAUAUGCUAUUCGAAUGGAGCCUGUCAGAGGAAUUUGAUGGGAUUUAGUUGUUGCGAUCAUAUUUCAGUUGGAUUGGCCACUUGAAACAUCCCAGAGAACUGAAGAACACAGAAAAAUGAUAAUAAUUUGAGUAUUUUUCUCAUAUGCGGGUGUUCUUCAGGAAAACACAGAAAGGGAUGUUAUGCUGUGUAUAAAGGAUAGCUUUUCUAGCUGCAUGAUUUUAUUCACAAGUUCAGGAGCAAGAUUUGAUUUCUGUUCUCCUCUCUCUCUACUCUCUUUCUAUUUGCUCUCACUCUCUACUCUCUCGUUUCUCUCUCUCCAUCUCUUCUCUGUUCUGUCUUAGAGCAGAGACAGAGUGCUGGCCAGGCCGGUGCCUCCGUACAGCAGUGCUGUUCUGAGAUGUGCGUGCAAUACGCACUCACACUCCAAAAUGAGCGUGUGCCUAUACGACGUCAUCGGGUCAGGACGAAUUCCAGCCUGUGUUCAGCGCGUUGCUUGAGGGCCUCCUGCCUCCGGGUGUUUGUCCGAGGGGGGGGGGGGGGGGGGGGGGGGGAGGUGGAGGCGGUGUGUGUGUCCGCCGUCAGUCCAGCUCUGCAGAGGCUGGAUCCAUGGACGUUAAAGUGCCUUACCUGUGAGACCGGUGGCAUGGAGAGACUCGCGAGGCGGCGACAGGGCGCUGCGAGGGAAGAGACUAGUAAGGAGAACUAGUACUCCUGUCAGAGCGUUGGUCCUGCGUUUUAUCGUUUUUUUUUUUCAUCUUAUGUUUAUUUGAUUUAUGAUUUGGGUUGUUUCUCCUGAGACUGAGGAGAGUAACAGCAUUCUGAAGACUGGUGGUCCACCUUCAAUCCUCCCUAACAGAUUAUUUAGAUCGUGAAGAAGCAAACAAACUGAAUCGUCUCGUGGACUAGCGUACCCGCGAGGCUUGCCAAGAUCCCAAACACUUUUCUGCUCUUCGGAAGAGACCAGAGUUCCAUGGGGGCUUUUCUCUCUCUCUCCCUCCACAAAUUAGAGAUAGGAAUCCAUCCAAGCUGUUUAGAAUAGAAUACAAUAUGUGAAACCAUGUCGUCAAUUAGCUAUGUAUGUCAGUGAGCUGUUAUAUCGCUGUCGUGCUGCUUCACAAGGGUCUAAAAGGAGAGACGCGGUACUAGUUACAAUGGAGACACAAUCAAACUAUGAGCAGGACUGACAGGGGACGGGGUUCAUAUCAUAUUUGUAAAGCAUAAAGUCCAACUGAUGUGACAAAGAUGUUUGUGGCUAGCCGGUAGGUCACCCCACUGCUUUUUGCUACUGUUUCUUUUUAUAUUUAAGUAUGCAGUAACUAUUUUGUACUGUACAUUUGCUGUAGUUUGAAUGCAUAUUGCACUUUUUUACAUUUGUUCGAGUAAUGUAUUGUAUGUGUUUAUUAUGGAAAUAAACGUUUUUAAUAAACGUCCUCUGUUAAUGAC